AUGGCUCAUUUGCAAUAUCCCAACCAACCAUAUGUUUUCGAAGGGUCACAAAGAGAACUCUAUGGGAGAUACAGAGAUGUAAAGCACUAUUCAAGGCUCGACAAGCAAAAAUUCAAGAAGCAUAGAAGGUUACUACAUUGUUGUACUUCUUCGACCUCGUCACCAUUAUCUUCUGAUCAACAAGCGAAAUUCUCUGCUAGAAAGCUCGAUUUCGAAGGAACACAUUACAAGAGUCUUGUUAGAGACAACAAUUGGCAAGUGAGGAGAAUGGUCGAGACGGAAGAAGAAAUGAAGAAAGUCGCCAAAGUUCAAGCUGAAGCAUUCCACGAGCCUGUCAUUUUGUUCAAUGAUAUGUUCUUCGAAUUCUUCCAGGCUGAAGUGCUUUCAGGGCUUCUUUACAGACUUAGGAACUCACCAUCAGACAGGUACGCGUGUUUGGUCGCAGAGCCUUUAACUGAUACUGGUAAUUCACAGAAAGAGCUUGUAGGAGUAGUCGAUGUCACUGUUCAGAGGGAAGAAUCUGUUCUUCAACACCUCCCGGGGGCAGAAGAAUAUCUAUACGUGUCGGGAAUUGCUGUACUAAACAAAUUCAGAAGGCAAAAGGUUGCCACCACAUUGAUAAAAGCCUGUGAUAUACUUGCUGCAAUUUGGGGUUUUGAGUAUCUUGUUCUAAGGGCCUACGAAGAUGAUUAUGGAGCUCGAAAAUUGUAUUCUAGUGCGGGUUACAGAGUGGUUUCGGGAGAUUCUCCGUGGAUGACUACUUGGAUUGGUCGAAGGCGGCGUGUUCUUAUGACUAAACAGGCUGGUCUUCAAUAA